CUCACAUACUCUGGGCAUUCGAGAUGGAUACUCGGCGAAAACAAAAGAAACCUCUCCUGUCAAAUACGGCCGAACUCAUUAGCGACAAGAAUGAAAAACCUCGAGGCAGGAAAGAUCAAUUUCAAAUGUGGACACCGAUCAUUCUUCACCCGCUCGUUCUGAUCGCAUUCGCAACCCUUUUUGCCAUCUUUUUGAUUGUCACCGAAGUGCUGUACCAUUUUUCAAAUAAAAACCAGGGACUGAGCACGAGUGACCAAAAAUACCACUACCUCUGGACAUACGCUCCAACUGCCGGUAGGACAAUCCCACCGUACAAAGAAGCCA